UUUUUUAACUCACAAAUGUUUUUUCUUUAAUUUGAAGAUGAGACUGAAACUUUGGAAGACACUAAGCUGGAGGAACGGAAACCUGAGAGCAAUCCACAGUCACGGAAAAGACAGAAGAGACGACAGUUAUAUGAUAAAGAUGAGAGUGAGAAUGCACCUGUACAGAUCCCAGAGGUACACGAGUUGUUCUGUAUGCCUGACCUGGAUGCCAUUAUUCCAAAACCUUUAAUUAAAACAGAGAACAAUAUGAGUGAAGAUGAUACAGAUGCAGGGAGUAGUGAAGAAAAGGAAGGGUCGAAUGAAACAAGUGGAAGGAAAGGUGACACAGAAACAGUUGAUGAGACAGAGAAAGAAACCUCUGAACAAGAAGCAGAUAAAGAAACGGGAACAGUAGAGAAAAUCAUAGACAAUAAUGAUAGUCAAACAAAAUCAACCGAGAAAAUUAACAAAAGUACAGAAAAAAAUUCUAGCAACAAGAAGCCAAAAGGUACUGACACUGAAAAGGAAAGUGUGAGUGAAGCAGAAAAGAAAAACUCCAGUGGCAAGAAAGCUAAAACUGCUGCUUCCAUUAAAGCAGGUAAAAGAAAAGGCUCUACAGAGGCAGCACUAGCAGAUAAAAUACAGGAACUGAAGGAAGUGGAGGAUCAAGGAGAGAAAGAAUUGACAGCUCAGGAAAAAUUGCAGAUGAAACUUAACCAGAGGAAGAAAGAGGCAAGACUGAAAGCCAUAAAAGACAACAAAAAAGACAAAAAGAAAUCAUGAAGGAUUAUUUGAAAUGACCAGUACAUGAUUAUAGGUGUAAUCUGAUUGAGAAUUUGAUUCUCAGAAAAUGUUUGCUUAUAGGAAACAAAAUGUUAAUGAUAUUUGUUGUUGAAGGAUAUUUCAUUAAGAGAGAAGAAAUCUUUGUGCAGGUUUGACACUGUCAUUCUGGCAUUCAAGGCUUAUAAAGAAACAUAUUCUUUUUUAUAUGGAUGAACAGCAUUUAUUUCUAACAAAUGCUUGAAAGUUGCCUAUGUCUAAAUCAGUUUUGAAGAAAAAGGGUAUUUAGGUAUCUGCUUUUGUUAGAUGGAGGAGUAAAAAAUAUGGUUAUAUAGACACUUACUUUGUCAAGUUCAGUUUUGACUCAAGAUCAUAUUUCCACCAGUCGGAUAUAAAUAUGAAAUGGAGUUUAUUAAUGCAGA